GUUAAUAAGGUCUCUGUUCGGCCGGAGGUAUCCAUAAUCAUAGUACGAGGCGCCCUAAGAGAGUACCGAGUUGCAGAAUGCCUGUAUCGUGUGAGUGAUCCACCGGCUUCAAAGAUACACAGUAGGCAACUGGAGCUACUGAAAGGCCAUUUUUCGAAGUUUAAAAGCCAUACUACAUGUUUUUGCUGCUUGAUGAGGGAGCCUGACAAAGUCUUUGAUUGCGGCCACUCGUGCUGCAAUGGGUGCAUCGCUCUCUACGGUAACGCUCGCAAGAAUGUUCGACAUGGCUAUCAUCUCAAAGCAUGUCUACUGUGCGGUGCGUCCAUAAAAACUCCUGACUUCGAAUUCAUGCCGCCCACCGCAGGGCCGCGCGUCCUCAGCUUAGAUGGUGGUGGCAUUCGUGGAGUCAUACCUUUGACGUUCUUAGUUGGACUUGGCCGGAGACUCAAGCCUUUGGAACUUCCAUUAAGACACUUUUUCGACUAUGUUUGCGGCACGUCAGCUGGGGGUCUUAUUACUCUAGGUAUAUUCAUUAUGGAAUGGACCCCAGAAGACUGUCUUCAGAAGUUCGAGGCAAUGGCGCAUCUAACACAUACCACCGCUGGCAAGGCAAUGAUGCAGACUGAGAUUUUCAUAGUGAAGACGAAGACGAAGAAUAAGAAGAAGAGAAGGAAGAGGAAGAAGAAGAAGGAUGCGUUGCGGUAUCAGCACUUUAGUGGCUGCUGGCCUUGA